AUGCAACAAAAACCUCAAAAAAGUCAAUAAUGAAGGAUUUGACUCAUUUCUAAACUUCAAAGCUGAAUGAUCAAAACUGAAAAGGGGGACACACACAGUCUGUCUCAAUCGCAUUGCUCUUUUGAUCAUACAGAUUCAACCAGUUUGAUCUGUUAACCUAAAACAAUCAAUCAGCAACUGACCAACUGAAUUCCGUUCAAUCGUCACCGCCAUUGCCAUGGAUGACAUGGAGGAUUCCUUGUUCGAGGGUAUGGUCCUCUUCGAUCCUUCUUCUUCUCAAUUUCCAGCAGAAUUACCACUAGAUCAUACUAAUAAACACGAUGAUUCUGUUAAUUCUGUUGAACUAUCGAAUCAUGGUGAAAUUAGUCAACAAUCUGUUCAAUCCACCACUUCUGGAGCUUCGUUUGAGCCGCUAGAUGAAAACCUGUUCUCGGAUCUAACCCUAAUUCAACCGCAAUCCGAAUACGACGACGUUUCCAACUCUCUUGAUCCUCCGCUUUCACCGUCAUCUUCAUCCACAUCAUCUCGUAGUACUGUUACUACUGAUUUCGCCGCAACGACGUCGUUCUUAUCAAUUCCACAAACCUCAAUAACUUCAACCAGAUCACUCACUUCGCAGAUUUCAUCCACCAGGAAGAAGAAGAGAGCUGGAUUACGCAUCGGUUAUGGCAGAACUUCUGCUGUUCAAUCACUCGAUUCCGAUUCCGCCAUUGAUGUUGAUAAUUCGCAGGUUCUGGUUCCGGCUUCUGUUUCGGUUUCAUCUGUAUCAUCGCCUGUAGUUGUUUGCCAAGUAAAACUUGAAUUAGAAGAAGAAAAACCGCAAAAUCGAGUUACUGAAUCUGAAAUUAAAGCAGUGGCAUCAGAAACCGAAGAUCUCGAAGGAGGGAUCGAGAUAAACGAGGCGGUUACGACUUCGUCGACGUUAGAACAUAAAGUAGAAGAAGAAGAAGAACAGGAGGUUGCGGAAGAUGAAAGCAAGGAGGAUUCGAUAGAUGUGAGAUACGAGCAGGUUAAGAAACAGGUUGCGGAGAAACUGGAUUAUGCGCGGGGAAUGGUGGCGUCUGUGUCUGGUAAACGGAAGGAGGUUAUUCGGAAGAGAAGGAAGGCUGCGGAGGAGUUGAAUAGUGUGUCUGUGAAGUACAAGGAGAUGGAGAAGGAGUUGGAGGAGGCGGUUGAGUCGGAGGAUUUUGAGACUGCGGAAAGGGUUAGUGAUGGUCUUGCAGCAGCGGAGAAAGAGAAGGAGGUUCUGUCUGUUGCGUUGAGAGAAGCAGAAGCAGAGUGUGAUGCGAUUGAUUUGAAGAUGCAGGAGGCUUUGGAGAUGCAGAUUGUGGCUGAAGAGGAAUGUGCAGCUCUGCUACAAAGCUUUGCAGUGGAUGCUGAUCAUAAUGCAGAUUCUAUCAUCACAAAUGCCAAAACUAAAACUUCAGAAGAAAUGGAAAAAUGGGUUUCGUUAUCCGAAGCUUUAGAGGUGAAGAAAAUGGAAGCUGAGAUAGAAUCCGACGUUCUAUCCGGAGCACGUAAAGGGUUAGAUGAUUCCAUUGAACAUAUAGUCAAGGAGGACAAACAAAAAAGUCAACUCCUCCACGAGAAAAAGAAGAUUUUAGCAGACGAACUACAGGAACUACUUGCUUUAGUGAAACAAAAAGAAGCAGAAAUAUCAGAAAACAAUUCACAAAUCGAAGAGAUCGAGAAAAAGAUGGCGGGUGCGGUUUCUAGCUUCCAGGAUGCACUAUCGGACAUUGAUUUAAAGUCUGCAAAUCUUCAAUCGGGUCUCUCGCAACUGGAAUCAGAGAGCGAUGAUUUAUCUAAUAGAAAGAAGGAAAUUGACGAUUUUGCCCUUCAGGAAGAAGCCAGAGGUUUGAAAAUCAGGGAACUUGGACGGGUUUCUGCAGAUGAAGCGGCUGUGCACCAAGAAGUUAUAAACAUGCGUAAGAGUUUAAUAAAGUUUAUCUCGAAAUCACGCGAAGAUAAGAUACGGUUAGCUGCAACUGAACAGAAAUUGUUUGAUGAUGUCCAAAUGCUCAAACAAGAUAUCUCUGCUGUAAGAGCUUCUCUCCAGGAUCUAUCUUCAACGAAAUCAGGAACCCAACAAUCAAUUGAAUCAUCCAAACAGAGGCUUCUCUUCAUAGAAAAACGGGUCCCAGAAAUGGAAUCCGAAAAGAGAGUCUUUGCAACCGCAAGAAAUUUCAAGGAAGCAGCCCGAAUAGCCAACGAGGCAAAGGCAUUGUACGUUGAAAAAGAAACCUUACAGCUUAAAAUAGAUGAAGAUACAACCGCCCUUAAGAAGAUAGAAGAUGAUAUCAACCACAAUGUGCAGAAACUACAAGAAAAAGAAGAAAAUAUCGCACUAACGGAAAAGGAGUUGGAAACAGUUAGAUACCAACGUCUGAUUUUGCUUGUGGGUGCUGCAACAGCUGAACAAUCGGCUGCUAUGAAGUUAGGUGAUGUUGAAGAAGCGGAUAUUUUGCGGCAAGAAGCUCAGGCUGCAGAUUCGGAAGCUAAAAAGAUUCAACCGGAUUCUAAAAAUGAAAAAUUUGAUAGUAAGAUAUUGAAUUCGUUCAUUUCGAUGGAACUUGUUUCCACUCUUGAUAAGAAUCAGUUGGCUGAGCUGGUAGCAUCCGCUCAGAUUUCGGCACCAUGAUAUGAAGCAACACCAGUGGUGAAUCUAGAAUUUACCUUGAAUGUUAUCUUUAGAGCUAUUCUUUUUCUUUUAUUUCUCAUACACCCAUGUUUUGUUAUGGGAUUUUGAUUUGUUAAAACUGUGUGUUUGUUUCAUUGUUUGUGUUUUCUAUACAAUGUUGUAUAAACAAUUGAACUUGAUGAUUUGCAAAGCUAAGAUAUUUCAUUUGGUUUCAUUUC